GCAGUGGGCGGCGGGGGAUGGGCAGGCGGCGGCGGGCCAGCCUGCUGAGCGGUGACUCCUGCCGGUGCGAGCCCUGAGCUGGACUCCAGUCCUUCGCCGGAGAUCCUGCGUCCGCCGCGGCCCAGGACUGUCCGCUACCGGCACCAUAUGUGUCUGCAUGCUGUCAUGCUCCCCAUCAUGAUAAUAGACAGAAUCUCUGAAACUGUAAGCAACUCAGUAAGCACCACAUCCUCUAUGGCCUCCAGGAUCCUGCCCUGUUGAGUUCUUGCAGUGACUUUCUUCGGUGAUGAACAGCAAUGCUGAAGUAUUAAAUGGAAACCACCCUUGGGAGCUAGAUGCCUGUGUAGCUGUUAUACCACAUCAGUGUUUUGCAAUGAGUGGGGGAGGAGAGCAGCCAGACAUCCUCAGUGUUGGAAUCUUGGUCAAAGAACGAUGGAAAGUGUUAAGAAAGAUUGGGGGUGGGGGCUUUGGAGAAAUUUACGAUGCCUUGGACAUGCUCACCAGGGAAAAUGUGGCAUUGAAAGUGGAGUCAGCUCAGCAGCCAAAGCAAGUUCUGAAGAUGGAGGUUGCUGUGUUAAAGAAACUGCAAGGGAAAGACCAUGUUUGUAGAUUUAUUGGCUGUGGGAGAAAUGAUCGUUUCAACUAUGUGGUCAUGCAAUUGCAGGGUCGGAAUCUGGCAGAUCUUCGACGUAGCCAGUCCCGGGGCACAUUCACCAUUAGCACUACUCUUCGGCUUGGGAAACAGAUUCUGGAGUCUAUUGAAAGCAUCCAUUCUGUGGGAUUCCUUCACAGAGACAUCAAACCGUCAAACUUUGCAAUGGGACGCUUUCCCAGUACAUGUAGGAAAUGUUUCAUGCUUGAUUUUGGCUUGGCCCGACAAUUUACCAAUUCCUGUGGUGACGUCAGACCACCUCGAGCUGUGGCAGGCUUUCGAGGGACAGUUCGUUACGCAUCAAUCAAUGCUCAUCGGAACAGGGAAAUGGGAAGACACGAUGACCUUUGGUCUCUAUUCUACAUGUUGGUAGAGUUUGUGGUUGGCCAGCUGCCUUGGAGAAAAAUAAAGGACAAGGAGCAAGUAGGCUCCAUUAAGGAGAGGUAUGACCAUCGGCUCAUGCUGAAGCACCUCCCUCCCGAAUUCAGCACCUUUCUUGACCAUAUUUCCUCUUUGGAUUAUUUUACAAAACCAGACUACCAGCUUCUUACUUCCGUGUUUGACAAUAGCAUCAAGACCUUUGGAGUGAUUGAGAGCGACCCCUUUGACUGGGAGAAGAGUGGAACUGACGGCUCCCUAACCACCACCACCACCUCUGCCACCCCUCAGCUGCACACCCGCCUGACCCCUGCUGCCAUUGGAAUUGCAAAUGCCACCCCCAUCCCCGGAGACUUGCUCCGAGAAAAUACAGAUGAGGUGUUUCCAGAUGAACAACUUAGUGAUGGGGAGAACGGUGUCCCUGCUGCUGGGUCCCCAGAUAAACUGCCUGGGUCUCUUGGGCAUACUCGCCCUCAGGAAAAGGAUGUUUGGGAAGAGAUGGAUAUCAACAAGAACAAGAUAAAGCUUGGAAUUUGUAAGGCUGCUACUGAAGAAGAAAAUAGCCAUGGUCAAGUAAAUGGUAUUCUCAAUGCUCCAAGCCUUGGCUCGCCAAUUCGUGUCCGAUCAGAGAUUACGCAGCCGGAUAGGGAUGUUCCAUUAGUAAGAAAGCUACGUUCCAUUCACAGCUUUGAGCUAGAAAAGCGUCUGACACUGGAGCCAAAGCCAGAUACUGACAAGUUUCUUGAGACCUGCAUGGAGAAAAUGCAGAAAGAAUCCGGUGCAGGAAAGGAAUCUGUUCUCCCUGCUCUGCCUCAUAAGCCUUGCGUUCCUGUUGUGUCCCGCACUGACCAUGUCUGGCACUAUGAUGAAGAAUACCUUCCUGAUGCCUCCAAACCUGCCUCUGCCAACACACCAGAGCAAGGAGAUGGUGGUGGCAGCAAUGGAUUUAUAGCUGUUAAUUUAAGCUCUUGCAAGCAGGAGGUUGAUUCCAGAGAAUGGGUGAUUGUGGACAAGGAGCAAGACCUUCAGGACUUUAGGACAAAUGAGGUGUUAGGCCAUAAAACAACUGGAAGCCCUUCAGACGAGGAGCCUGAAGUGCUUCAGGUCCUUGAAGGGUCGCCUCAAGAUGAAAAGAUCCAAGUAGGUCCUUGGACUGACAACCAUCACUUAAAGGAAAGCUCAGGUGUGGUCUUAGCACUUUCUGCAGAAUGUCCUGCCACUGCUGCUUCAGAACAGUACACAGAUAGGCUAGACCUCCAGGCUGGAGCUGCUAGUCAGUUCGUCACAGUUACUCCCACAAGUCCAAUGGAGGCACAAGCAGAAGGCCCCCUGACUGCGAUUACAAUUCCUAGACCUUCUGUGGCAUCAACACAGUCAACUUCAGGAAGCUUUCACUGUGGUCUACAACCAGAGAAGAAAGAUCUUCAGCCCUUGGAACCCACUGUGGAACUUUAUUCUCCAAGGGAAAACUUCUCAUGCUUGGUUGUAACAGAGGGCGAACUUCCUAGUGGAGGAAGCAGAAUGGAUUUGGGACUUCAGAUAGAUCAUAUUGGCCAUGACUUGUUACCCAAUGUGAGAGACGGUGAUACAACUCAGGACUUGGGACCAAAAGACCUUCCUGACCAUAAUAGACUAGUUGUAAAAGAAUUUGAAAAUCUCCCUGGAGAAACAGAGGAAAAAAGCAUUCUUCUGGGCUCAGAUAAUGAAGAUGAGAAGUUAAUUAAAGGACAGCAUUGUGGUGAAAUCUCUCUCCCAGGAGAUUUUGUGACUGCAGAAAGGGAUCAGUCAGCUACCACAGAACCUCUUGAUGUAUCAAAGACACAGAAUUUUAGUGUGGUGCCAAAUCAGGACAAAAACCAUGAGAUAAUGAAGCUUUUAGCAGUUGGAACUUCAGAAAUUUCUCAACAAGUCAUUGACCCACAUGCUGAAGGGCAGAUGGGCCAGGUGGCAGCAAUGCAAAACAAUAAACUAUUUAAGGGUGCUGACAUUAGGAGUGAAGACGUGCCCGGACAUCAGGGAGACCUCUCUACUUUUUUACACCAAGAGGGAAAGAGAGAUACAGUUGUCCCUAGAAACGGAGAGCUAUAUCAUUGUGUCUCAGAAAGUCAUGGUCCUCCCACACGGAAGGACAUGCUUCGGUCAUCCUUUGUAACCAGGCACAGCCGGAUUCCUGUUUUAGCACAAGAAAUAGACUCAGCUUUUGAAUCAUCCUCUGCAGUCUCUGCAAAAGAAAAGCUUCUACAGAAGAAAGCCUACCAGCCAGAACUUGUCAAACUUCUGGUGGAAAAAAGGCAGUUCAAGUCUUUCUUGGGGGACCUCUCCAGUGCCUCUGAGAAGCUGAUAGAGGAGAAAUUAGCUGCUGCUCCUGUUCCCUUUUCUGAGGAGGAAGUCUUCACUCCCUUUUCCCGUCUGGCAGUUGAUUCCCACAUGAGUAGAUCAGCUGAAGAUGGCUUUCUGUCACCCGUCAUCUCCCAGUCUAGAAAGAGCAAGAUUCCAAGGCCAGUUUCCUGGGUCAGCACGGAUCAAGUUAACAGUUCAGCUUCACCUCAGUUCUUGCCCCGGCCGCCACCAGGAAAGCCACCAAUCAGGCCUGGAGUAGAAGCCAGGCUACGCAGAUACAAAGUUCUAGGGAGUAGUAACUCUGACUCAGACCUUUUCUCUCGCCUGGCCCAAAUUCUUCAAAAUGGAUCUCAGAAACCCAGGAGUACUCCUCAAUCCAAGAGCCCAGGAUCUCCUCACAAUCCAAAAACACCACCCAAGAGUCCAGUAGUACCUCGCAGGAGUCCCAGUGCCUCUCCUCGAAGCUCAUCCUUGCCUCGAACAUCUAGUUCCUCACCAUCUAGGGCUGGACGACCCCACCAUGACCAGAGGAGUUCGUCCCCACAUCUGGGGAGAAGCAAGUCACCCCCCAGCCACUCAGGAUCAUCGUCCUCCAGGAGGUCCUGUCAACAAGAGCAUUGCAAACCCAGCAAGAAUGGCCCCAAAGGAUCUGGCAGCCUCCACCACCACUCAGCCAGCUCUAAAACUCCCCCAGGGAAGAGUAAGCCAGCCAGUAAACUCAGCAGAUAAGGAAGGAAGUGGGCUGCAUCUCUGGGAAAGGUGUGAGAUCUUCCUCCUAGACCUGAUGCAUGUGUGUCCCUGUACUGUCUGUUUCAAACAAUCAGUGUUGAUCUUCUCUUACAAAAGAAAGUAACAUGAUCAGUUAUUUGAUAAGAAGACAUAAGUACAUACUAAGGAAUUACCUAGGGCAGGUAGGAAGCAGAUCAGGAGUCAAAUGCUUCAGUCCAGCAAAAUCCAAGGGGAAGAAACUUGUUACAUGAGCUCUUGUUACAGCCGCUCUCAAAACAUAAAAUUGAGGAUAGGAAAUAGAAUGGGAUUUUAAGCAAAAGUGUUUGAUAUUUUUCUUUACAACUUCCUAACCUUGGAGAGUCAUUGUGCUGACAUCCAAAUAUAUAAGAAGCCUGUUGCCAGGAAACUAAUAUUUGGGUAUAUUUGGUUUGUGUGCUUAUUUAGUGAAUCCACACCUUUUUUUCCAUUCAUUCCUAGUAUCUUUUCCAGGUUUUACAUUUUUUAAAAUUAAUGUUCCUUUCCUCUUAUUUUAACAGUUCACCCUAAUAAAGGUUUCAGCAGCACACACUAACACUUUAAAAUCCAUUUGCCCUUAUUCAGUCAAACCUUGCUAUUUUCCUUUGAGCCACAGUUUUUAACUCAUAUUUUUAUCUCAAAAAAAAAAAAAAAGCAAUGUCCAGCUAUAGCUGUUUUGGGCAGAUUUGUUUGGAGAGGGACAGAGAGUGGGACAGUGUCUUUAAAGGUAGGAGCAUCCCCUCGUACCUAACUACUUCUCCUCCUGUAGAAGGAGGCUGACCUGAGGAGACAGCUCCCUUUAUGUCCUCCCUGCGCUCUCUCUAGUGUCAGCCUUCCAGAUGGCACUAGGAAAGCACAACACUUUGGAAUGUGGCUUAUACUUUUAGAGAUUUAGAAAGAAAUUAAGUACGUUAUUGAGGCUUAUAAUCUUCAUAUUUUACAUUUUAUACAUUUAGUUAUAUAAACUUAGCCAAUAAGGAAUGACUAUCUGGGGAAAUAACUUUAGGUUAGUUUUAUUUCAAUGUUUUUAUAAAUUGGUUCUUGUAUUCUAUGCUUAGGCUUCAUAGCCUGAUCUCCACAUAAUCUCAAUUUAAAGUUGUAAGGAUGAUUGUAUUUGUUCUAUUCUCAUUCUCUUUCUAGCAAAAUCAGGCAAAUUAAAGAGUACCAGACUUUUUAAGUGGGCUAUUUGAUGCCCUAUGAGUGUUUAGUAUGAUAAAAACCUUAUUGAGGUAAGGGAAAUUGAUCUGCCUGCUGUUGAAAUUUGCCUUCUAACAAACAUAUACUUUCUCUUUGACCUUGUGUUGCUGCCAAACCUAAAACAAUUGAAUCUGAGGUAAGGGUGGGUGGAGACGAAGUGUAUUCUUCACUAAGUGAGCAUGUUCAUUGCUGCAUCCCAGCUGUCCGAUGCGGCACUUACUUUCUGUAUUGAGCAUUUUCAAAAUUGGGACACUACACUGAGACAUAAGGUCUCCCUUGAGAAGUGUGGCAUAGUGUGUAAUCUAGUUUCUUUCCAGGCUCAAGCAUUUCAGAGCAGUGCAGCAAAUAAGGCACAUUUACUGUUUAUCUGUUACAACUGGAGACUGACCCUUGUGUAUUAUAUUGUAGAACAGUUGCUGCAAUACUACUUGCAUGUCUUUCAUGGUAAAUUAUAUAAAUAUUUAUAAAUAUAGAGACAUAUGCUUAUAUAAAUCCAUUCUUUCUCAUUCUGCAUUUGUAAUUUCAAAAUCCUAGAUGAUGAAAUUCCUUUCCUACUGUGUGCCUCGUGUACACUUUGGCAUUGCCUGUCUUCGUUGUCUGAAAAUAUGUUCUGGGUAUGUGACACCUAAGAUUCCUCUUGCCUUCCAGGUGCAUAGUGCAACAGUUGGCAGUCCUUAACAAGCCAAGGUAUAAGAUACUUAAUUUUCAUUUAGAAAGUAUUUUAAUAGGUGAAAUUUUAAACAGGUUAUGCUUGUAAUACAGGCUCAAAGAUUACUCCUGUUAGCCACAUAAUUCUGUCCAUAUGGUUAGAGUGGAUCGAUGGGCAUUAUAAUUAUGGAUCUGGCAUCAGUUGAUUUUUAAAACAUUUCCUGAAAGUUGCCUCUUUCAUGUCACUCUUUUGAAUGGGAGUGGGGAUGGGAUGUAGGAGAACUAAGAAAUUAUUUCUCUUUUGUUACAUUAGCUAACGGAUGCUAAAAGUAGUCAGCUUUAAUAUUGACCUCUCUAGUCAGAAAUGUGUUAACAGUUACCACUGGGAAAGCUAAUACAGCCCAGACUUUUUUUCUGAAUUUUUCUGCUGAUAGUCAGAACCCAGGGUGAUGGCAGCAUGACAGAGGAUGUUUUCUGUUCUGGUUUGUUUUCUCCAACCUUCUAAUGUGUUGCUUCCUUUUUUACAUGUCAUUAACAAACUAUUCAAAAUACUGACAAGUGGCCCCAUUGUGUGAGAAUAUUUUAUUUUGCAUGUAGGGAAAAGAGCCAACCAAAGAUGUUUUUGCUCCGAAGAAAAGGAAAUGAACUAAUUAUAUUUUAUGUAUCAGUAGGUUCAUUUAUUAAGUGCUGUCUUGAUAUAGUGAUUAAAAAACUGAGCCACGUGGUGGAGGCGCAUGCCUUUAAUCCCAGCAAUUGGGAGGCAGAGGCAGGCAGAUCUCUUGAGUUUGAGGCCAACCUGGUCUAUAGAGUAGGUUCCAGGACAGCCAGAGCUACACAGAGAAACCCUGUUUCCACCCCCGCAACAUAUACACACAAAAGAGAUUAAUGAGCAUAGUUUGUGCUUUUUGAUGUUACAGUUCUUUCAGGUUAGAAAUAGAACUUGGCAACCUUCAGCCACACUUUUGGAUCAGGAGUAUAAUCCAGAGAAUCAAGCUUUGGUUUUGGUUUGGCUUUGUCAGUUCAUUAUUUUGAGAAAUUUCAGCCACAGAUUAUCCAUUUAACUAUUUUACUUAAGGUGAGAAAUAUGAGCAAAGCUACAAUGAAAGCAGUGUGAGACUGAAGUUAAAUUAUCUUCUGGAAAACAAGUACCUCCUGGCUUCCAUCUGCACAGAUCAUUCACUCACACCUGCCCUUGUCGUGGUCCCUGGGAUUAUUUCAGUGGAGGAAAAAAAAUGGACUUAGUUCCUAAAAAUAGCUUAGUUCCUAAUGUUGCCCCCAAAUUUUACUACUGACUUUCAGGCUUUGUGAAUUGCGUGAAGUAUUAAAAUCAUACCUAGUAAUUUUGCGUAGCCUAAAUGCAUUUGACUUCAAUGGAUAUUGAGCAGAGGAGGAAAUUGGAUCAUGUCCAGUUCAACAUUAAGAUACAGGUUUUAAGUCACCUUCCAGUGAAGCUGUCUGCAGCCAAGCACUUAUCUCCAGCCCUGGUACACAGCUGGCCUUGCAGAUAAGAGCACAGUUAACCUUUUAGGUUUUUAGUUGCAUGAUUUGCAGUGAAUGUUUUUGGUAAAAGUUGCCUUACAAGUUAAUCAAGGCCUAAAAAACAAACAAGUAGCAAAAUGGUCAAGGGCCCAUUAUCAUCAUUACCCACUUUGCAUUAUUUGCUCUUGCAUACGAAACCACUGUAUGCUGACGUGGUGUUCUACAUGUGCAGUAUGUCUGUCUCUUUCACUCCUGGCCAUUGUGGGAACUGAGAGCUUCAGCUGGCACCGGAGAUUUCUUCCCAGCCACAGACUCCUAGGCUACUGUUUCUAUGAUUGCAUCAGUUGUACAAAGUAUACAUUGCUGCAUGUUUUAUAAACCUAGACCAGAUAGCUAACUAAGUCACAAUGAGAUUUUCUACACCCAAUAACCUUGAUGACAAACAGGUGCCUUUCUUCAAGGGCAGAAAAUUUUACAUUUCUACUCUUAACAUUAGGAAUUGGUGACAGGCUCCACAAUUUAGUGGCUUAAGGAAAAAUGCAUCUUGAAAAUGCUAUCUUAAAAUAUAUUUGUAGAUAAUCUAGAUUUAGCUUUGGAGAUCAAAGUUUUUCAUGUUUUAAAAACUUGUUAGCUAGGCAUGGUGGCUUGUUUUUCUAACCCAGUUCUUGAGGGGCUGAGGUGGGAAGAUAGGACUCUAAAGCCAACCUCAACUUUCAUAGGGAUUUCAAGUUCAUCUGGGCUAAAGUGUGAGAACCUGUCUCAAAAACAAAACAAAAAUACAUUCUUUUUAAUUUUUUUAAGUUUUCAUAUAUGUAUGUAUAUAUUGUGCAUUGCACAUACUCCAGUUAUUCUUUUAUAUCUCACAUCUUAAAUAUUCUGUCAUGUUCAUGUAAGGAUUAAGUUGUUUACAUUCCCUUUUUAAUAUGAGCCUAUUUCUUGUUUUGUGUUGGGCUAUUGUUUCUGGGGAGAGGUCAUUUAGCACUUCUUCCACUGAGGUAAUAGGUGAGUCAAACUGCACUGUUUAACUUUCUUGAAUUUGUUUUUUUUUUAAUUUUUUUUAAUUUGGUUUUAUAGACAAUAUAUUUGCAGGAUAGGUACUUAGAAUUUAACCCAAAUGUGUUAUAGGAUUACAGCAUGUAAUCAAUGCUACUGCUGUAGUGCGUACAUGCCGACAUACACCCAAGUUCAAAAGUCACAGUGGCGCAUAUUUAGACCUUUACUUACUAUGGAAGGAAACGUAUGCAGUUCCACAGCUUGGACAGUGUGGGGAUUGUGGUGCCUGGUAUGUACCAAGUGCUUAUCGGUACACCCCACUUCCCGUCCUCAGCAAAACCUUACAAAGCUCUAGUGUGUCCUCUGAGAAUGUCGAAGUAAAGUGGAAACUCCUCGUUGUUGGGGAUUUGCCAUACUUUGGCCAUUUCUCCAGAAAUUUAACAAUUUUGCAGCCUUUAGAAUCUUGUUACCCAACAUUGCUUGCCAGAACUGCAGGAAAAGGACCCCUAAAGUUCCUAGGGAACUCCUAAGUGUGGGACAGGAACCCCUAUUCACUUUGAGGGGAAUCUGGGUAAAAUAUGUAGGCUUUCAGUUAAGGUCUUCCUCUUGGGAGAGGAUUUGUAUCAGAAAAUGAGAGACAAGAUCGUCUCAUGGUUUCACACAAUCUCAAGAUGCUAAAUGGCAAAGAUUUACUGAGUAUGACUUCAGGAUUUGCUCUCCCACAUAACAACUAAUAGCCAGGCUGCUCAAGGCAUGUUUGAGGUAAUAGGAUUAUCUUUCUAUACUACACUCAAACCGUGGUUUUAAGAAACCCUGUAACAAAAGUAAAGUGGCAUUCCUUCCAUUGCCCUUACAAUGUAACAAGCUUCUGUCCUCUCUAAGUUGAGGGUGAUAGUAUCCACACUGUAGACUAGUGAUGCUGACCUCUCUGGUACCUUCAGCCAGAGUUUCUAGACCAACAUCAGGAUGAAUGGCAGAUCUUUGAGACUAUAGAAUUACAGAAUUUGCUGAUAACAUAGUUUUGCACUAACAGUGGAUAGGUUUAUUUCUCUAUAAUUUAAAAUUGUUUUGUAUUGUACACAUGAUUGUUCAACUAAAGACAUUAGUAAACCUAGGUCUUAUGUAGACUAUCCUUGCACAUGAUGCUUUUUAAAACUCUCAUAAAACAUGAUUUAAGUAAGUCCUCAAAAAUUCACUUGUAUCACGAGCAAACGUAAGAUUAUGCCAGGUGUUUCUGCUCAUCUACAGCAGUAAACAAGGCUACAGAGUUUGGCUAUGAUCUAUUUUAGGGAGUUUGAUGAAAAGAAAGCUUUGAGACUUUAUUCAAAACAGUUCUUUUUGUUUUGGUUUGGUUUUUUAAGACAAGGUUUCUCUGUUUUGCCUUGGGUGUCCUGAAACUAGCUUUGUAGAGCAGGCUGGCAUUGAACGCAGAGAUCUGCCUGCCUCUGCCUGUCGGAAUGCUGGGAUUAAAGGUGUACAUUACCACCACGCCUGGCUAAAAUAGUUUCAUUGAACUCUUCAUCAAUUAGCAUAAUUAGUUCUCUAAGUUAAAGACUUCAGAAAUUAAAAUACAGGAAAAUAAAGGAAACAUAUCUUUUAAGACAAAGGAAAUGUAGCACUGGGCCACUCAGGACGUUGAAAUUGGAUUACCUACACUUGGUGGUCUGUGUCUAUCAUCCCAGCAGAGCAAAAACCUUAGAUGAGAUUGAAUUAGAUGGGUCGAGUACAAAGAACAGAUCUGAUGAUCCUUGCUUGCGCCACCUUGCUCUUCUUUGAUUUACAGUUCUCAUUUCCCUUUGACACCUUUCUUAAAAUAGCACCUACUUCAUCAGACAAUUUAUUCACAAAUUCAAGCAAAGGAGGCAUGUCUGAUUUUGUGUUAGAUAUAAAUGUUAAGUUUAUAAGCUAUUAUGGCAAAUGUCAUCAGAUUUAGUCACAACCGGAAUUCUCUUAUUGGAUAAAAUAAAUGAGUUAAAUUACUUUAAUCUGUUUUACUAUCCUCUUAAAGAGAUGAGAAAUUGCUCUUUGAAGUUCUUUUAAAUGUAUUGUGCUGUAUUCCUUUCCCCUCCACACGUCUUCCCUUUAUGUGUUUUUGCUCAGGCAACCAAGGGCAUAGAGCAUUGAAAGAAAAACAUGGAGUGCUUUUGUAUAGGCCAUCUGUACAUAAAAGUGUAAUUAUUUAUUUAAUUUUCCCAUUUGUACCAUAUUAAAGCUUUGUACAGUGUUUUAAGUUCUGUUUUAAAAUUAUUUUGUAUUUUAUUUUUAUAAUCUAGUAAUAAAACAUUCAGUACGCAUGCAAA